CGGCGGGCUUGAGGCUACUGAGGGAUGGAGUUGGGCCCGGCCCCCAGACACAGCCCACGGGCUCCGCCAGCGGCAGGUCCCUCGGGCCCCAGCACUCACCGAGUCCCGGACCCAGCCCUGCACUCGCGGACGCAAACUGGCUGCAAAGACCACGCUUUUGGCUAAAAGAAGCGCUACCAGGUGCACAGCUCUGGGCAUGAGCCUUUUGAGCUGCAGAGAAAAGCCCAGCACGGGUCCUGGGAAAGGUGCCUAGAAGAACACUGUGCAGGACCCCGUGAGAUGGAGCCUGGACAUGGAGGCCCUUCUGUGCUGCCCCACUGGCCCCAGCCUGGGCGGCAGCCUGUCCUGUGGCCAACUCUGGCUGCUCUGGCCCUGCUGAGCAGCGUCGCCAAGGCCUCUGCGGGCCCCGCGCCCCGCAGCCCUGCCACCCGCGAAGGCCCCGCGCCGACCCCGACGCCCCCGGCCGGCCAUCUGCCGGGGGACCGCGUGGCUCGUUCGUGCGGCGGAAGAGCCCGGCGACCGCCGCCCCAGCCCGCGCCCCCUCCGCCCUCGCCCUCGCCCUCGCCCUCCCGCGGGAGCCGCGCGGCGCGUGCCGGGGGCUGGAGCCCUGGUGCCCGCGCGCGGGCCGCGGGGGCGCGGGGCUGCCGCCUGCGCUCGCAGCUGGUGCCGGUGCGCGCGCUGGGCCUGGGCCACAGCUCAGACGAGCUGGUGCGUUUCCGCUUCUGCAGCGGCUCGUGCCGCCGCGCGCGCUCCCCACACGACCUCAGCCUGGCCAGCCUGCUGGGUGCCGGGGCCCUGCGGCCGCCGCCCGGCUCCCGGCCGGUCAGCCAGCCCUGCUGCCGCCCCACGCGCUAUGAGGCCGUCUCCUUCAUGGACGUCAACAGCACCUGGAGGACCGUGGACCGCCUCUCAGCUACUGCCUGCGGCUGCCUGGGCUGAGAGUGCUCUCCAGGGUUUGCAGGCUGCACCCCUACCGGUGGAUCUUCCCGAACGGGCCCUCCCGCAGGAUCCCGAGAGCCAGGGUCCUGGCCAGAGAUGGAGGCCUCAGCAGGGAAUGACAGACAUCGACUCUGGAGGAAUGACUGACUGUCUGGCGGCCCCAGCCUCCUCACCCUGAGACCCAGUCCUACAGACACCAGACACCUCGGCUAUGGAGACCUUAGUCCACUUCUCAUUGCCUCCAGCACUGACCAGGCCACAGAGCCAGGGCUCUCCUCUGGAGGACCCAGCAGUUUCCGAGGUGUCAGCCUCAGCCCAGGCCCUGGGAGGACAGAAUGGAGGACGCAUACUGCAGUUGCGUUGUUGAAGUGCCUGUGCUAGUGUGGACCUUGCGCUCACUCAUGGGAACUGGACGCCUAUUUAUUAUUUCUAAGUUAUUUAUUUACUUCCGUGGUUUGUCAGAUCCUUUCCUUGGGCUAAGGGGGGCUGGAUGGGUAGAAGCAGCUGGAUGGCGAUCAUACCCUGACCAUCCCACUCACUUCAGGCUGACUCAGCCAUCACAGACCUGGCCUGGAUCUCCAACUGCUUGUCCCCACCAGCAGCUCUGGGACAUAGGGGGCUUGGGACACAGGCAGAGUGGGUGGCAAAGUUGCGGUCACAAGGCCGGUGGGUCAGCUCACAACCUCCUGUGCAGUCCCCAGCACCUGGGUCAAAAAGCCCCACCCUUGUGACCUCAGGCAUCCUCGGGGCCUUGCUUAAUGGGUCAAGACACAGACAAUCCCAUUAAACUGUCCCAUCCUACAUACUGUCCCAUCCCACCACUGAUCAGUGUCCCACCCUUCAGGGCACCCUGACAGGUAU